CGUAAUUUGGCAUCGAAAAAUCAGAAUAACAAUAUGAACGUCAAGAUAUUAUCAUCUAACAGCCAGAUCUCUAAUAGAAGGAAAAGUGGACAGAAGCUAGACCACAUCAGCAACAAGGGUAGAGCGUCCAAACUGUCGAUCAGGACAACAACGAGCAAAGAUGCCACUUUCGCAAUCGCGACGUCCGCCAAUUCGAUCACCGCCGGUAAAAUUAACUCGUCGAAGAAAAGUAACGGUAAUAAUGACGGUAAUUUCAAUUCGAGCGAACAGCACACGACGAAAAACGCGUCGAUCGUCAGCGCGAAACAGCACUCCAGUUCUACGUUCAGUAGCAUGCGAGCUAUCAGCACUUGCGUCAACAGUGUUGCGCACGAGAAUCCGAUCAAGCCGAAGGAUUACGCCGCGAAGAAGUUUCCGGGUGAAGCGGAUUCGAGCAUCAACAAUUAUCCUAUUCAAUCGGAUUACAAGGAGGUGUCCGUCAAUAAUCCGGAUUACAAGAGUAGGAACAGCGGCAGCGGCACGUCAAUGAGCGCUGCCAAUCUGCCGUUGAGGUUCGCAACGCAGUCAUCGUCGUCGGCGUCAACAUCGGCAUCCACGUCCGCGUCUGCGUCCGCUCUGCACCGUGAGAAUCACACGCCGUCCAGCACGUCGUAUCAGUCCGGAGCCGUGUCUCGGAAUGACAACAGUGCUUUCGCGGUAGCGCGCAAAGCAUUGGAACAGCAAAGCUCGACGUCGAAGAUGGCGCCGACCAAUUUCCCGCCGCUGCGCGCACCGCAAAGCAUCGUGAAUGUCCGGCAUCCGCUGCUGACGGAUGCGCGGACCAAACAUAGCGAGACGGUUGGCUCGCUCGCCAAGUCGAAGCUCAAUGUCAUGAGCUCGCUGCAGAGCGGCGUGAAGGACCUGGAUCAGCACGGCCGGCAGACGUUUCACGGAUACGGCACUUCUUCGAUCGCCAGUAUACCAAGUGUACAGAAUCUGAACAACGCGGUUACGGCCAGCAUUUCGCCGUAUCCCAGAUCGGAUCCCUUCCCGCAGCCGACGGUCACGAGUGUACUGUUCUCCGAUACCGCGCAGUUCCCGCAGUCGCCGCCGUACAACACCACACAGUUGAGCCAGUUGAAUCAGUAUCAGACCUACGACCCCAGCAGCUUCGCUACCACACCGGUCAACGUGAAUCCGGUGAUGCCGCAGUUCUCCACGGAGAGCUCUAUCCCGUACCCGCAGUACGAGAACCCGCCGCAGUUCGUCCAGCCGAAUCAUUAUCCGACCGCGGAUAUGACGAACAGCCAAUACCAGUAUCAGACGGCAGGAGUAGGUCAGAUACAAGACUCGUCGAUGUUCAUCCAGAGUCUGCAGAGCCCGAUCGCGGUGACCGAUCAGUACGCUGCAUCCAAUUACGCCAGAACUGUGAGGACAGAGCUGAUACCACACUUGAGGCGACCGUCGCGUUUCAACAAGUAAAAAUCGAGUCAGACUAUCAUCUGCUCGCGAUUCUUCGGCGCUGCAUCGAACGGGAAAAUCUGGAUAUAUUCGCCGCCACGAACGACGUUCCGUAGUCACGAUCAGUGAAUCUUAAAAGAUCUGCGAGAUAGCAUCAGUCUCGACUUGUCACAUGCAAAAAUCAUUCAUUGAUCCGAGGCAUUAGUCGAGAGCGGGAAUGUUGAUUAGUUGCAGCUGGCUAAAUUCUUAUUGUGACGGGUGUUUCGCGUCAGGUGUUGCGCGCGUCGAAUUUGUCAAAUCACUCGCGCCGGUUACAGUGCAUAUAAUAGCACGGAGGAUAUGGUGAAAGUUAUUGAAAUUCUUGAUCCAGUUUCAAGUAGAUUUUAGCUAAUCUCAGAUAAAUCUACAUACAUACAUGCAAAACAUACAUUGCACGAUAUGCCCCACAAAACGUUCGUUGAACGGAUUGUGCUUUGACAGAUUCACGCGCGGGUACGCACGAUCGACGCACGUUUGCACGACGUUUGGAACGAAGCGAUGCGUUCCGCGCGACGAAACGGCAGAGAUGAUAAUUUUGAUUUGUUUCAGUCAUUUCGAUGUGACACGGCAGGGCAUAAGUGAGUUGAGCUCAUCUAUAAUUUAACGAUUCUACGAUGUAAUUUAUCCGAAUAGCGUGAACAUUCGAGAAGGGGUUACAAAGAAAAACAAAAAAAGCACACGCUAUAUCUACGAUGUAUGUACCUCAAUUCUGAUUGCUGAUCAGAACGGCCGCUUUAUACGAAACAAAACGAGGAAGGAUGAGGGCGCAGGAUCGCGCUCAGAUAACGCUCCGGUCGUUUUCUUUCGGUUUUGUGCGCACGUGCUUAUACGGAGAGUGAACCUGUCCGAGCGCAGGCAAAGCUGUGCUCCGAUGGAGAGAUGAUGAUAAUGAUGAUGAUUCUUGAGUAAAAGAAUUAAGAAAAAAAAAAAAGAGAAAAAGGCCAAAAAUAUCGUCUUACUAUUAUCGUAAAUACUAGUUUUAAUGAACGGUAUUCUACAAACUAUACUUUGCAUAGAAUUAGUGGAAGUUUUCCAAUAUACUUACAUAAUACUUAGCUUAUUGCUAUGUUUUUAAUGUGCUUCACUACUUGUAUAUGGGUGGUGGUGUAAUGAUGCCUGAUGAAUGUGUGUGAGAGAAAAAGAGAGAAAGAAGAGUACAUGUAAAGAGAGAAAGAAGAAUAUAUGCGAAGAGAGAAAGAAGAAUACAUGUGAAGAGAGAAAGAAGAAUAUAUGUGUGUGCGCAUGUAUAUGCGUGUUUGCGCGUGAGAAAGAAAGAGAGAGAGAGAGGAGGAGAAAGAGAGAGAAAGAGAUUACAUACUAAUGGAAAAGACCGUAGAACGGAGCAGACGUUAGGAAUUUUUAUUACAACGGAAGAGUAGAGUGACGCGUAUCGUACGAAUAUUGCUCCCAUGCCACGAAACAUUACAUCUCCACUAAGCGUAUGCACAGUGCAAACGUAGCUUUCAGCGAUCCGAGUGUAAGCUGUAAACGCGUGAUCGCAGAUAUAAGGAUAUAAUCUUUCAGUGGUGUAUGUUUUUUCUUUUAGUAUGGUAGCUCAUAAACUCAUAAGCAUCACAUAUAAUAAUACGCGUAAGGAUUAAUCGUUAAGGAUUCCUCAUUAAGUACACAUGUCAAGUCUAGUAGUCGAGUGUGUACCCGUGAUGUGUGUACUGAAUUUCGAAUUGCCUACGUACAAUUGAUGACAACCGGAUGAGACUUUUAUACUAAAUGAAAAAGAAUAACAUCGCAGUAUUGUGAAUGGAGCACACGAAGCGCAUCGAACGGCAGGACGGCUCGAUCGAAGAUCAGAGAGAAAGAGAGAAACGAGAGCGCCCUCCUGCGAUCCAGUUGCCGGCUGUUGUAUCCACGGAUCAUGACGUAUCCCUUUGGUCCGUCGAAUACAUUAGUGAAGCGUAAGGAUCUACGAUUUCACCGACAUUCAAUCCAGACUCCGAUCGAGCGAAUUCAACCGUUCUUCAACCGUUUUACUUUGAAAGCCGAAACAGCCUCAAAACAUUCCUAAGAGAAAGGGACGAGUCUUGAGAAAAGUAAAGAAAAAAGAAAGGGAUAGAAAUCUCUUUCGGUCGGAGCUGGAUCAAGGAAUAAAUUUACGGUAAAAGAACGGUGUUUGAUGCGUGACACCAACGAACGGCAUAAUCUUUACGACAUUCUUUUUUGUGAUCAACAUUUUCUCACGAUAUCAUUUGUCUUUCUUGCGAAAUUGUACCGUACAUCUGUGUGUGUGUGCAUACGCCGUUUUGAGUUGCGAUGAUUCAGGAUUCGUAUGUGAGUGCUAUUUCGUAGAUAGUACCGCUGCGAGAGCGACACCGUACGGUAGAGGGAUGUUCGUUAACGUUCCAAGUGUCGCGAGACUGAUGGCGGCAACGUUGAUCAGUGCCAAUAAUAUAACCGCGUAGAUUUCAGAAAAUACAAGAAAA